AAAGUUAUCCUAAAUUAACGCAUAAACCCUUAAACUAAAAAAAGAACUCAGGGAUGCUACUGCAACACAGCCCUUAAACUGUGUGAAUUUUACAUUUAUUAUCAGUUUUUGAUUUUAAAAUCUAACAACUAAGAUGUUGUACUAUCUGGCCGCUGGUCCUGAUGUAAGCCAACUAGUUACAAUGCUCUUGAAGCUUAUAAAUGCAAAGAAGACAAUAGAAAUUGGAGUUUUCACCGGAUACUCCCUUCUCACCACAGCUCUUGCAAUUCCAAAUGAUGGCAAGAUCACCGCAAUAGAUGUGAAUCGAGAGACAUAUGAGAUAGGUUUGCCCUUCAUCCGUAAAGCAGGUGUUGAACACAAAAUCAACUUCAUUCAAUCUCCUGCUCUCCCAAUUCUUAAUGAGCUUCUACAAGAAGAAGAGAAUGAAGGGAGUUUCAACUUUGCCUUUGUGGAUGCAGACAAGAUCAAUUACUAGAACUACCAUGAGAAACUGAUGAAAUUAGUGAGGCCUGGUGGAAUGCUCAUCUAUGACAACACUCUCUGGGGAGGCACUGUUUGCUGGCCAGAGGAGGCUGUUGCUGUUCCUGAAGGCAAAAGAGAAUCUAGGAAGAGUGUGAUGGAGUUUAACAAAUUGAUUUCAGCCGA